AUGCCCUCGGCCCUCUUCAAUGUCUCUCCUCCCGCGAAGCUCCAGGACAAAUCACGAGAGAUGGACGAUGCGCACAAAAAAGAACCGGCAAUAUGUCCCACAGACGACGAUACCAUAGCGCCCAAGGCACGGAAGCCGCAGAAGCAGAGUCUCGACUACAUAUGGAAGACUGGCGUGGCGGGGGGGUUGGCGGGGUCUGCUGCCAAAACAUUAGUCGCGCCUCUCGACCGAGUCAAGAUUCUCUUCCAAGCCAGCAAUCCUCAGUUUGCGAAAUACACCGGGUCUUGGUUCGGUGUUGUAGGGGCUAUGAAAGUUAUCUACAAGGAGGACGGCGUUUUAGGACUAUACCGCGGGCAUUCUGCUACUAUUCUUCGAAUAUUUCCUUACGCAGCUAUCAAAUUCCUAGCAUAUGAGCAAAUCCGCUCAGUUUUUAUCCAAGGACCCCACCACGAAACUCCCUUUAGACGGCUCAUAUCAGGUUCUAUGGCAGGUGUAACCUCUGUAUUCUUCACAUACCCACUCGAAGUAAUCCGAGUUCGCCUGGCCUUCGAGACAAAACACGAUUCGCGAUCCUCCUUGGUUGAAAUAUGCAAACGGAUUUACAACGAAGCGCCUCCACCUCUUCGGCCCACUUCUUCCGAACCUGCAGUCAUAGCAGCUACGGCGACGGUAGUCCGAGCUGUAACGCCUAGUUCUGGACUCGGGAACUUCUAUAGGGGGUUCUCUGCGACGAUAAUGGGAAUGUUGCCAUAUGCCGGAGUGUCAUUCCUCACGCACGACACAGCAGGCGAUGUACUGCGCCACCCCCUAAUUUCUCGCCACACGACUCUGCCCAAGCCCCAAAACUCUCCUGAGGACAAACCGGCUCCUCUCCGAUACUGGGCAGAACUCCUGGCAGGUGGGGUAGCAGGGCUGGUAUCACAGACGUCAGCAUACCCGCUAGAAGUGAUUAGGAGGAGAAUGCAGGUCGGAGGUACUGUAGGAGACGGGCAUAGACUAGGCAUUGGAGAGACUGCAAAGUUGAUUCUGAAAGAGAGGGGUAUGUCUGGGUUCUUCGUUGGAUUGACAAUUGGAUAUGUCAAGGUUGUGCCGAUGGCGGCAGUCAGUUUUUAUGUUUACGAGAGAGGGAAGACUUGGUUAGGCAUAUAG